AGCAGUGCGAUAGUCUGUUGUUUUAGCUUCUACUUCUACUACUACCACUUUCACUGUCGUCGCUGCAGGAUCGUCUUUGAUUCGGAAGAAGAGUUUUUUAGUGUCCGGUCAGCUGCGCGAGUGAAAUUCAAAAAAAGUGAUCAAAUUUUUUCCAUUUCUGGAUGUUAUUCUUUUUCUUUUGGAUUUCGGACGAAAACUGAGGGAAAAUGCCGAUGUCCCACAUCUAUGGCACUUCCACAGACGUAGAUAGCGAUGAGUCGCUGCCCCAUUUGGAUCCUUCUAACUCCCAUUACGUGGACCCAUGGGAUUUAGAGAAUUAUGCUUAUUUGAAGGAACAUUUGGAUUCGGACAUACCAUCAGACCCAACUAGCUUAGGAGAUUUCGUGGAAGCACAAUCUUCUUUCGAUUAUGUGCCAGUGUUAACUUCGAAAGCAUACCCAGAUACUUUGACCACCAUGAAAUACGAUUCUAUGUUGGCAGAUCAAGGUACAUAUGCCUGUAUCGACGAGCUCAUUUACGAAAGAACAAGACCACAGAGCGAAACUGUCUAUGACGCACCAUCGAGGAGGAAUUUCCAUCAUGGAAGGCACUCAGAAAUAAGGGUUCCAGCAUACAAUCAAGUCAACUCGUCGAUAAACCAUCGUAACAGAAAUAAAAGCAAGAAGAACCCACCGGUAACAAGAUACGGUAGUAGAGACCGCAGUUCAAGUUUUGCCUAUGGCGAUGGAUACGAUACCUAUGGAUAUCACAAACAAGGCAUCUACAGUAAGGUAGAGGAGAAGUUACAGUCUGAAGAUAUUUAUUACCCAAUUUAUGAUGACCCAAAGAGUAUAAGGAAGCCUGAGAACUUUGGACUGAGCAAAUAUGGUCAUUUGAAGAUUGAUUAUUCUUACAGCUGGAAUAACUUGAAUAAAUACAUUGUUGGUUGAUCAGUAAUAACAUGUCAUAAUGUACAAGAUUGUAAUAUCAAUGUUAAACUAUGAAAUUGUAUUUCAGUGGCUUCUAACAAGUUGUUAGUAGCUUUUUUGGAAACGAAAUUAUUUAUUUAUUGGUGAAUAUCUUGAGAUGAAACAUAAUCCCAUUGGAAAAUUUUGAGAUAUUUUUGAGAAACUCAUUCAAGGACUGAUUUCAGCAUUUGUAAUCCAAUACAUUUUGAAUGAUAACUAGAAAAGUAUUUAGUAUAUAGGUGUAGAUUUUAAAUGCAUUAAAUCAUUAUAAUAUUGAUGUGUGAUAAAAUUAUCAAUCUAAGAUUGAACAUUCCGCUUUAUCAUUAAAUUAUUUGAUGAAAAUUCA